AUAACAAUAACAGAGGCAGCACCUGGUAGCGGGGCGGUGAGGUGUCUCAGCAGUCAAAUCAAAUCAAAUCAUAUCAAAUCAAAUGUUUAUUUAGGACAUUACAGUACAAUGAAGCUCCAUUUCUUAGGCACUGGGUCCAGCUAUCCUACAACCCAACGAGGUGUAUCUGCUACAAUGCUACAGCAUGAUGAUGGUUCAGUGUGGCUGUUUGACUGUGGCGAGGGCACCCAGAUACAAGCUCAGAAAGUGACUGUAUCGAGACAGAAAAUUACCAACAUUUUCAUAACUCAUCUCCAUGGUGACCAUGUCUUUGGCCUCCCUGGUCUUUUGUGCACAAUCUCCUCACAGUUGGGCUUGACAGAAGAAGAUCUAAAGAAGAAACGCCCUCUUGUGGAGAUUUUUGGUCCCCUGGGAAUUAACAAACUGAUUAACACGGUUCUGACCAUUUCCCACUCCCCUCUGGCCUUCCAAUAUCGGGUACAUGAACUUGUGCCAGUAAAGGAGCAGUAUCCAGAGGACUGGGAGGACACCCAAGUUGAUGUUGCCACUUUAACACCUCACCCUAGUGAAUUGCCAGGGACUCGUAUCACUGCAAUAACAGACUCUGAUGGCAACAUGCACUGGCUACUGAAGGAUGAUGAGCAGUGGGAUGUAAGAGCUGGCUGGAUACAUCACAGAGUGCCAUCCUUUGGUUUUGUCAUCAGAGAGAAGGACAGAACUGGCACACUAGACAUGAAAAAGCUUUUAACCCUUGGAAUAAAACCAGGGCCAAUGUAUGGCCAAUUAAAAGGAGGCAACUCAAUAACAACAGAGGAUGGAAAGACAAUAACUCCUGAUAUGGUUGUCGGCCCUCCUUACCCUGGUAGGACGGUAGUGAUCCUCGGUGAUACUAGUGAUGCUUCUCCGCUCGCACAUCUUGUUCAAGGUUGUGAAGUAGUUGUCCAUGAAGCCACCUUUGACAAUAGCCUUAAGGACAAGGCUUUGGAAUUUGGACAUUCGACACCACUGCAAGCGGUAGCUUUUGCUCAGUCCAUUGGAGCUAAAACUCUCUUGUUAAAUCACUUUUCUCAGAGAUAUGUGGCAACUUCUAAAGAUAAGUCAAAGAAUGAAGAAAGUGUAGCAUUAUUGGAGGAACAAGCAGUUGCAGCUUUAGGAGGUUCAUUAGUUAACGUGCAGUGUGCAGACGACUUUUUUGUUUAUGACAUACCUUCUCAACCUCGUAAUAUGGCCACAACCCAACAAUGUUAAUUAUAUACGAACUGUACUUUAUGGAAAUUAAACAAACUUACAUUUAA